UCGUUGGUUCCCACGGAUAAUUCUGCGCAUGUAUUCUGAAAAUCGUGCUUAACUAUACUCCUAGGCAGAGCAAACUUUCUUCGUGCGCAUGACGUAACGAAUCUUCUGGUAUACCUCUAGUAGCCAUUUUGUUUUCGUCGGGACGGCUGAUCAAGGUAUCCAUCUGUCCGUUCACCCUGGUCAGUGAGGUAUUUGAGCUCUUCACCAUGGAUUCAAAACGGCAUGAAUGCAGCGCCAGGUCACACACAGACUCACCACCUACUCCACCCUCACCUCCCCUGUAUAGCUCAAGUUACACAACGCAUGACAACUACAAAAGCAGAACAUCUCGUCGAUCGCCUUCGCCUACAGACUACAGGAGCAGUAAAUCUUCCCGGAAUGAAUCGCCACCGGAUAGACGAAGAAGGAAAAGGAGUACUUCCAGACCUUCUCCAAUCCGAUCUCACAGACGAUCUCGUUCGAGUGACAGAGACAAAGAUCGGGAUAGAGACAGGGACAGGUCACGGAAGUAUUCACGAAGAGAUAGAUCAAGAUCUCGAUCAAGGGGAAGGUCUCGUUCAAGAGACAGAAGACGCAGUCGUAGCAGAAAUAGAAGUAGAGACAGGCACAGAUAUAGAGAAAGUCGUAGACAUCAUAGAGCACCAUCGUAUGAAUCUGAUGCUUUUGAAGAUCAUGCAGAUACGGUUGUAGCACAACAACAGCCCGUUCCACAGCCAAAUGCCUUUAAAAAUGAUGGAAGUUUUAUGGAAAUGUUUAAAAAAAUGCAAGAACAAAUGCAACCUGCACAACAACCAACAACUUCUGUUCUUGAGGAAAAGCCAGUAAUACCACCACCUUUGAUGGUUGGAAAAAGACGAGGAGGAAGAAUCCUAAAAACUGGAAUGGUUGCAAAACCAAAGACUGAGCAAACUGUUGAACAACCCAAGGAUGCAUGGUCACUUUAUAUGGCAGAAGUGAAAAAAUAUCGUGAAGUUUGUUGUCAGGAAGAGGAUAAUACUAGACCAUUGGUCAAAUAAUUAAUUUUUUUCUCUUCUUUGUCGCCUCAUUAUUCCUAUAACAAAUGUGCUGUGAACGAUUAAUUUUUUUUUAUUUGACUUUCUAAUGAUUGAAACAUUAUGUGACAUUCACGAAUAUCGAAUGGUAAUUUAAUAACAUACUUUGCACUUAAGUAAUUUCAAUAUAUUUUUUAAGGGUAUGAGACAUGACUUUUGAAAUGAAAUUAAUUUUUAAUCAAAUCUAUAUAAUAUCUGUAAUAUGCUAAUUUGAAACUGUAUAUGAAUGCCUUUAUAGACAAAGUAUAUUAUUUAAACAAUAUUCUUAUGUAUGAAAGAGAGAAAGAGACUAUAAAAAAAAAAAAUGAAAUUGUGAUAGUGAUUAGAUGAGGCAAGAGACAUAUGGCCUAGAGCGAGGGACUGUAUACAAAAGUAUUCUAAACUGCUGCCAUCAUGUCACAAGUAGAGUGGAAGACAGCGCCAUUUGAUCCAAGGUUCCCAAAUCAAAAUCAAACAAGAUACUGCUACCAAAAUUUCUUGGAUUUUCAUCGCUGUUCCAAUAAACACAGUCAAGAUUAUGAACCCUGUAAGUACUUCAAACGAGUCUACACUUCUGUAUGCCCGAAUGAUUGGGUUUCUAAAUGGAAUGAUCAAGUUGAAGAGGGCACAUUUGCAGGAAGAAUUUAGAAAGGUUGUUAUCUAUGAACUUUGCCUUCCCUUUUAGUGAAUUCUUUGUGAAGAACAGGAUAUUCAGAUCAUUUUCUCCUGUUUGUAAAGUAAUUAAUAAUUAUUAAAAUGAGAAUAUAAAUAUGUA